AAACAAUUUAAUAAGAACAAAUUUAACUGCGUAAGUAUUAUCAGCGUGUGAUACCUAACCCAAACCCGGAUGUGAACCAGCAAGAACGAGUUUUAUCAUUUUUACUGCAAAUUGGCCACGGCUAACAUAGCCUAGCUAGCUUUCUAGCUUAAAUGCUAGUUGUCUUGAGCUCUAAAAUUUGUCUUCUUCACCUCAUAUGUUGGAUAUGUUGACAUGGCACACAGAAACCAAGUGUUUCAGUCAAAAGUUCUCCAGAAGCUCUAUCCUGCAUCCUCCAUAUUAAUAAAGGAACACAAUCCAUCACCUGUCGCCGAGGCCCAAACAUCUACUGGCAAAAGAAAAGCCUCUGAACAGGACUCUGUGUCAGGAAAGACGCAGGAUGCAACCAGUCAUCUCCGCCGGCUAUACACAGUCCUGCCUCCUCCCCCAGACUACAAAAUGCACUUGAAUAAAUCUGUCGCAGCUCCACAGUUUGAAAGCGUAAAUAGUGAUGAGGAUCCAGCUGGUGAACUCCAUAACAGCAGUGAAGAAGUGGAUGAACAGAAUGAAGCAGAUGAGCCCAAAAGGAGGAAGAGAAGAAGGAAAAAGAAGCAAAUCUCCUCUGAGGACUCUAAGGUUUCCAAAGCGCUGGUCGGCGAGUCCAGCACCGGUCCAGGUCAGGUGUCUGCAGACGAAAAAGGAGAGCGCAUGAGCAGCAACAAGAGGAGGAAGCUGAAGAAGAAGAGGCACAAAGAGAAGCUGCUGUCCAUGGGUCUGAUGCCCCGAGCUACUGCUCUGGAGUUCACUUACCAAAACCAUAGAGAGGAGGAAGACGAGGACGAGAACAAGAGGAGAGUGGCUGAGUUGUCCGAGUUCCUGAGAAGAACAGCAGAAAUCUACGUGUCUGACUCCUCGCUGCAUCCAGACGCCCACCUGUCCGCCGUGGUGGAGGACCUUCUGGCCAGCAUAUUGAGUGGGAGCAAGCCCCCCUCGGUCCUGAAGCAGCUCUACGGUCUCCAGACUUUAGUUGAAUUGAAAAAGGCAGAAAGUCUGGAAAAGUCGCUGAUUGCGCUCAACAACAGCCAGAUCUUGUCUGCAGAAGAAAGCGCUGCGGUUGUUUCACUGUUCAGAUACUGGAUCACAGACGUUCUUCCUUUACAAAGAGUCGAGACCACGAGGCUUUCUACAGCGUGAGACUCAGCCAGACACCUCUGAAGGAUUAUUUCUACUGGUUCUGAAGACAUUUGUAUAAAUUUAAUGGAUUUCUUGUUUGUGUCUUGUUAUUUUCUACUUUCUAAAAUAAGAGCAAAAUUUAAAUGUUUACUGACUCUUCUUAUUAAAAAGUUUUUAAAAAUUA